AUGAAAGCACAAUAAAUCCCAAGACUAUUUUGUGUUGCAGACUACUAAAAUGAAAAUUUUUAUUGUGCGCCUAAACAUUAAAGAGUUUAGUCAUCCUUAGCCAUAAGAGAGAAGACAUCAAAUUCAUUUCAUUCUAUGAUACCUCCUCAAAAACCACAAAUGAAAUUAAAUGAUGAAUAGAGCUAUAGAACAAAAGAAGGGUUUUAAAGAGUAAAAACAGACUCAAAUAUGCCUAUGCCUUUAAGAAAUGGAAGAAAUCUGAGUAUCACUAGUGGAAUCACUUCAAUUUUAAGUAAUAAAACAAUUUAAUUACCCUCAAAAAUUGAAAAUCCACAAAUGGUAAAUACAUAUAAAAAUGAAAUUGUUACAUACAUGAAAGAUAGAAGUGUAAUUAAUAUUCUUAAUUUAGUGUAAAUCUAUUUUCAAAAUGACCGCUUUCCAAUUUUAAACAGAAAUUACAGAAAAAAUGCGUAGUAUUCUACUAGAUUGGUUAGUAGAUGUACAUCAUAAAUUCAAAUUAGACCCAGAAACCCUGUUUUUGACAAUAUCAAUAGUUGAUAGGUAUUUAUUACCUAAAUUUGAGAGUACUUGAGUUGCAUCAGAUACCGAAAUCUAAAUUUUAACUCUACGGAGUUGCAGCCUUAUUUAUAGCAUCCAAAUAUGAAGAAGUAUACUCUGUACCUCAUGUAAGGGAUUUAGUAUAUGUAUGUGAUAAUGCAUAUCCAAAAGAGGAAAUCUUGGAAGCAGAGGGAAAAAUUAUUUCAAUACUUUCCUUUGAUUUGUUAACGACAAGUCCCUACAGACUAUUAAAUGUAUAUUAGGAAACAGCUAAGUUAGAAUUGAAAAACUUAAUGCUUAGUAGGUAAAUUUCAUUUAAAUUCUUUUAGAUAUCUAAUAGAACUCUCCUUAUUGGAAUAUUCUAUGAUUCAAUAUUCAAAUAAUGUGUUAGCAAGUGCUGCUAUUUAUCUGGUGAAUAAAAUUAGAAGAAUUCAUCCCUCUUGGAGUCAAGAUUAGAUGGUUUCAAUAACUGGCUUAAAUGAAACUGAAAUCAGAACAUGUGCUAAAGAAAUGUGUAAUCUUUUACAAGGCCAAGAUAAGAAGCAAUUUAAUUCGUUAAGAAAAAAGUUCUCCUUACCAAAAUAUUUGGAGGUUUCAAAAAUUAAAAUAGAAAAGCGACCAUCUUCAAAUUUGCAAAACGUGCAAUAUUGA